GCUGCCGGAUUGGCUGCGGCUCUCGCGUGUCAGGAGGUUGCUAGGCUCCGGCCGCGCGCCCCGCCCUCGCGCUCGGCGCUCCUCGCCGCGGGUACGUGCUCGCGCGGAGGCUGCGGCGCUCGCGUUUCUCGGGUCCUCGGGUCCUCGCGCUCGGGUGGGCUCGGCGGCGGCGGCGGCGACCGGCGGCGACUUGCGGCCCGGAGGAGCGCGCACCUGUCGCGGCGCUCGGCUCUGGGUGCUCGGGGAUGGAGCAGGUGUGCAGAAGGUGAGGACCCGGCUCCGGGACUGCAUCGCCUGCGUCCUUCCUUAGUGAGACCUUCGGCUUGAGCCGGCGUGGUGGGAGCAAGGAUGUCAGUGGGUCUCUUGCUGCCUCCCCCACUCUGGGGGAGGCCCUUUCUCCUGCUGCUCUCCGUGGCUGUGGCCCAGUCGCGCUGGCCCAGUGACCCUUCGGAGGCCGUCCUGGACUGGGAGCACCAGCUCGAGGCGUCCAUGCACUCGGUGCUGCCGGACGUUCACGAGGCUGUGCCCACAGUGGUCGGCAUUCCUGAUGGCACAGCUGUGGUGGGGCGCCCAUUUCGGGUGACCGUUCCAACAGACGUGAUUGCCCCCCGCGGAGAGCCUGUCAAGGUAUCAGCAGCAGGGAAGGAGGCCUUACCAUCCUGGCUGCACUGGGACCCGGAGAGCCACACGCUGGAGGGUCUGCCCCUUGACACCGAUAAGGGCGUGCAUUACAUCUCAGUGAGCGCGGCUCGGGCUGGAGCCAACGGGAGCCACGAGCCCCAGAGCUCCAGCGUGUUCUCCAUCGAGGUCCACCCUGAAGACCACAGCGAGCCGCAGUCCCUGCGGGCGGCAUCCCCAGCCCCAGGCGAGGCGGGGCCAUCUGCCUGUGCUGCUGACGAGCCCGUGACAGUCCUGACAGUGAUUCUGGACGCAGACCUCACCAAGAUGACCCCAGAGCAAAGGCUCAGGCUCCUGCAGCAGAUGCAGAGCUUCUCAGGAGUGGGGCUGCCCGGCAUGAAGCUGGUGCCCGUGGUGAACAACAGGCUGUUUGACAUGUCAGCCUUCAUGGCCGGCCCAGGGAAUGCCAAGAAGGUGGUGGAGAAUGGGGCCCUGCUUUCCUGGAGGCUGGGCUGCUCCAUGAACCAGAACAGCGUGCCUGACAUCCGUGGGGUGGAGGCCCCUGCCAGGGAGGGCGCUAUGUCUGCCCAGCUUGGCUACCCCGUGGUGGGUUGGCACAUCGCCAACAAGAAGCCGCCCUUGCCCAAGCGCAUCCGGAGGCAGAUCCACGCCACACCCACACCUGUCACUGCCAUUGGGCCCCCAACCACGGCUGUCCAGGAGCCACCGUCCAGGAUUGUGCCCACCCCUACAUCGCCAGCCAUUGCUCCUCCAACAGAGACCGCGGCCCCUCCGGUCCGGGAUCCUGUUCCCGGGAAGCCCACAGUCACCACUAGGACUCGAGGUGCCAUUAUUCAGACCCCAACCCUCGGCCCCAUUCAGCCCACUCGAGUGGUGGAAGCUGGUACCACGGUUCCUGGCCAGAUCCGCCCAACCAUGACCAUCCCUGGCUAUGUGGAGCCCACAGCAGUCGUGACCCCUCCCACGACUACCACCAAGAAGCCACGAGUAUCCACGCCGAAGCCAGCCACACCUUCUACUGACUCCUCAACCACCACGACCCGAAGGCCAACCAAGAAGCCUCGGACACCCCGCCCAGUGCCACGGGUCACCACCAAAGCUCCCGCCACCAGGCCAGAAAGCGCCUCCCCACCCACCCGCGUCCGCACCAGCACCAGCGGGGUCCUCCGAGGGGAGGCCAACCGGCGCCCAGAGCUCAAGAACCACAUUGAUAGAGUGGAUGCCUGGGUUGGCACCUACUUUGAGGUGAAGAUCCCGUCAGACACCUUCUACGACAAUGAGGACACCACCACCGAUAAGCUGAAGCUGACCCUGAAGCUUCGGGAGCAGCAGCUGGUGGGCGAGAAAUCUUGGGUGCAGUUCAACAGCAACAGCCAGCUCAUGUACGGCCUGCCCGACAGCAGCCACGUGGGCAAGCACGAGUAUUUCAUGCACGCCACAGACAAGGGAGGCCUCUCGGCCGUGGAUGCCUUUGAGAUCCACGUCCACAGGCGCCCCCAGGGGGACAGGGCCCCCGCACGCUUCAAGGCCAAGUUUGUUGGUGACCCGGCGCCCAUCUUGAAUGACAUCCACAGGAAGAUCGCCCUGGUGAGGAAGCUGGCCUUUGCCUUCGGGGACCGUAACUGCAGCACCAUUACCCUGCAGAACAUCACGCGGGGCUCCGUUGUGGUGGAGUGGACCAACAACACGCUGCCCCUGGAGCCCUGCCCCCGGGAGCAGAUCGCCGGGCUGGGCCGCAGGGUCGCCGAGGACGACGGGAGGCCCCGGGCCACCUUCUCCAGCGCCCUGGAGCCCGAGUUCAAGGCCGUAAGCGUUGCCGUGAUGGGCUCCGGCAGCUGCCACCACCUGCAGUUCAUCCCUGUGGCGCCGCCCAGGAGGCCGUCCUCCGAAGCGCCGCCCACGGAGGCGCCGGACAGGGACCCCGAGAAGAGCAGUGAGGACGAUGUGUACCUGCACACGGUCAUCCCGGCCGUGGCGGUGGCGGCCAUCCUGCUCAUCGCUGGCAUCAUCGCCAUGGUGUGCUACCGCAGGAAGCGGAAGGGCAAGCUCACCCUGGAGGACCAGGCCACCUUCAUCAAGAAGGGGGUGCCUAUCAUCUUUGCGGACGAGCUGGACGAUGCCAAGCCGCCCCCCUCCUCCAGCAUGCCGCUUAUCCUGCAGGAGGAGAAGGCCCCCCUGCCCCCUCCCGAGUACCCCAGCCAGAGCGUGCCCGAGACCACCCCUCUGAACCAGGACACCGUGGGAGAGUACACACCCCUGCGGGACGAGGACCCCAACGCGCCUCCCUACCAGCCCCCGCCGCCCUUCACGGCCCCCAUGGAGGGCAAGGGCUCUCGUCCCAAGAACAUGACCCCGUACCGGUCACCCCCUCCCUAUGUCCCCCCUUAACCCACAAUCGCCUGGGUGGAGGCAGGGCAGGGCAGGGCCCUGGAGACGACAUGGGGUUGUCUGUGGGGGCCAGUGGCCUGCAGACAGUCGCCCACGCCUAGCGCGCUGACACACACGGGGCCUGGACAAACCCGCCCUCUCUGGUCCUCCUAAACCCCAAAGCAGCCGGAGAGACUUUGGGGACAUUUUUACUUUUAUUUUUUGCCUAACAGCUUUUUGUUUGUUCAUAGAAAAUUCUUCGCUGCGUGUUUGGUGGCCAGCUCUGAAAGCACCGUUUGGAGUACAGGUGGGGCGAGGGCCCGGGUGGGCCUGCGGGCAGUGCCAGGCAGCCUCCCGGCUCCCUGUGUUUCGCCUUUAACACUAACUGUACUGUUUUUUCUAUUCACAUGUGUCUAGCUGCAGGAGGUGACAUGGAAAACAGUAGCUAAAGAUUAAAUUCCAACGACUUUCAGAAGUUAAGGUUAAGUUUUUACAUUUAAUCUGCUGUUUACCUAAACUUGUAUGUGUAAUUUUGGGGUGGGUGUGGGAAAUUGCUUUGCUAAAAAUAAGCUCCCAGGGUGUUUCAAACUUAGAGAAGACCAAGGGACAGUAUUUUUUAUCAAAGGAACCCUAUUUUUUCACACUAUAUAAAAUUGGUUGCUCUGGUGCCCCAGGGCCUGACUGGGGGCCCCCCGGCCCUGGCUCGGGCCAGGGUCCUGGUGCUGGGCUUGCUCCCCUGCUGUUGCCAGGGGCUGGAAGCUGGAGGGGCCUCUUGGGCCAUGGACAUCCACACCCCAAGCCCACACACGCUGGCGGCCCAUCACCAAGGGGUCUUUGUUUCCUUGGGAAGGGGACUCUGAGAGGCAGUGGUGGCCGUGGCCCCCAGCCUAGGUGCUCCAAGGUGGGCCGGCUGCUCAUGGGGGUGGCUGGGGAGGUCGAGGGACUCAACCACAUCAACCUGUUUUCUUUUACCCUCCUUUCUUUCCCCCUUCUAAAAGGAAUAUCAUGGUUUUUGAAACACUCAGUGGGGGACGUUUUGGUGAAGAUGCAAUAUUUUUAUGUCAUGUGACGCUCUGUCCUCACUUGACCUUGGCCGCUUUGUCCCAGAGUCCACAGCCCCAUGCUCCCAUGCCGACCUGGCCUGGCCCCUCUGGCACUCCAGCCCCAGGCCUGGGCCUGAAGGGCUGGGAAGGGUCUGGCGCUGGUGAGGGCGGCAGUAAUGCAGAGUCCAAGGCUGUGGGCUUUCAAAGCUAAUUUUUUACUAAAGUUUUUAUACAGCCUCAAAUUGUUUUAUUAAAAAAAAGAUUAAAAAUGGUGAUGCUUACAGCAGUUUGUAUGAGCUCUUAGUGUUGAUUCCAUGGAACUGAUGGUUUAGCUCAUUUUGAUUUUUUUUCUCUUCUUAACGGUUUAAAUUCCAGAAUUACACUGGGGCUUCUUUUGCCUUUUUUAGCAGAAUGUCUGUCUGUCCAUCUGCAUCUCUGUCCCAUGACUCAGGGGUACCCACUCUGCUUUGAAUCUCCUCCUUUGGAAGGAAUUAUUUUGAGCAUGACUUUUCCUGUUGAGAGUGAUUCGGGGUACCUUUUAGGGAGGAAUGCCUUUUGCAAUAAUGUAUCCCUUCAGUGAUGGAGGGUGGGCAGGUGGACCCGGGCUCCCUUUGCACACCAAGCAGCCACUUCUAAGCCAUAUUGACCGCUCUGCAGAGGAUGCGUGUGUGCUGCCUCAGGAGAGGGCCGGUGAGAGGAGGGGUCUCCACCCUGCCCUUUUCCAGAGGCCUGGCCUGGCCCCCAGUGGGGUGCGCGGGUCAGGUGUGCACCUGAGCAGUGGCCCUGUGGGGGGAACCUGUAGCUGAGGGCUCAGUGGACUUCUGGUGACUGGGCCUCAUGUCUCCAAGUCCAGGUCCAAGCUGGAGUCUCCCCAGUGCCCUAGCAUUAGGGGCACUGGUGGGGUAUGACCUGGUGAGAUUAUUUUUGAUGACCUUGUCAAAAAAAUAAUUCCCAGUGUUCACGUGAGGGCUUUGAGAGGCCUCCAAAACAGCUCUGUUGCCCUGAGCAACCCCACCAACUUGCACUGCCAUGCAGAGCACGGCUGGCCCAGAAUGGCCUGUUGCCAUAGCAGCUAGAGAUGCCAGGGCAGCAAGCAGAGUAACAGCAGCCGCGGCCUUGAAGGCAGUCCCCCCUGUGCGCGGCCGGCCUCGGGCUGGCAAUGGCCAUUAGACUGUGUGAGACAGAGCCAGCCUCACGUUCCAGUGUUCACCAACCACUGACAUGUUUUUAAUUUCCUUCUGUAUGAUUUUAAGAUAUGUUUUCUGCAUUCUGUAUAGAAACAUAUCAAACUAAAUAAAAGCAUUGUCUUUAUUACAA